AUGGCCCUGGCUCUAUGGACUGGAGGAAACAGCCAGCAUGGGUAUAACGAAGUUCAGAAGAUCAAUAAGCGUGUUACCUGGCUGAACAGCAACGUCUUCCCUGAUCGGCAGAUCGACCAGGAGGCCAUAGGCGCCUUGUGCCACCUGGGGGCCGCGCGGUCAAUGGAGAUGCUCAAGGAGAUGGAAGAAAAGGCCGAGCAGAUCAAGACUCCCAGCAACUACAUCAAGGCCGCAGCCGGGCGAGAAGCAGCACCUGCAGCUGCGGGCCACUCAAAUGAUCCAGCAAAGAUUCACCGAAGAGCAACUUGGCUGAGUACCAACGUCUUCCAGGAUCGGCCAAUAGAUCAAGAGGCUGUUAUCGCCAUGAAGAGCCUUGACACCCGACGGGCCCUGGAGUUGUUCAAGGAGAUUGAGGAGAAAAAAGAUCAGAUAAAGAACCCUAGCAGAUGGCUCAUCUCUGCUGUUUCGCGGGAAACUUCCGGUGUUUACCCGGAACAGCCCAGGGCCAGGGCUCUGACAAUGCCGGCUGUCUAUGCACCACCAGCGCGGGCAAUGCACGGACCUGCCGGAGCAGCCAUGUCAAGUGCCGACACAAAGAUCCACCGCAGAGCCUCCUGGUUGAACGCGAACGUCUUUCCGGACCGUCCUAUCGAUGAAGAGGCCAUCGUCGCCAUGAAGGGUCUCGGUGGAGCCCGGGCCAUGGAGCUGUUUAAGGAAGUCGAGGAGAAGUUCGAGCAAAUCCGGAACCCAAGUUCCUAUCUGAAGACAGCGGCGGCUCGAGAGAACCCUUCUGUCCAGGGCCGCGGCAUGCCUCAAACGGCCCUCGCCCUGGCUCCGUUCCCGUCGCGCAGACCGGACGCGGACCCGGCCACGAAGAUUCAUCGCAGGGCGAGCUGGUUGAACGCCAAUGUCUUCCCUGACCGCCAGAUCGAUCCGGAGGCGAUCGAAGCCAUGAAGACCUUGGACUCUGGGCGCGCCAUGGAGCUUUUCAAGGAGGUUGAAGAGAAAAGUGGGCAGGUAAAGAAUCCGAGCGGCUAUCUGAAGAGCGCAGUUGCGCGGGAAGGGUCAGGAAUGCCACAGAAUCUGCCAGCAUCUCCAAGGGUGGGCACAGUUACCAGGCUGAGUGGCCCUGCUUCUGCAGAGGAACAGACGAAGAUACACAGGAGAGUAACUUGGAUGAAUGCCAACGUUUUUGCCGAUCGGAAGAUUGACGAUGAGGCCAUUGGGGCCAUGUAUGGUUUGGGCCUAGCGCGGGCCAUGGAGCUCCUCCAGGAGAUCCAGGAGAAAUCCGACAGCAUGCGGAAUCCGGCUAAUUGGCUGAAGGCCGCUGCUUCUCGCGAGGGUUUGGCUCCACCUGCGCAAAGCAUGGCGCCGUCUCCUAUGAGCUUUCAUCAGCCUGGUAACGGCAAGGGUGGUCGUCAAACACCGGACUACUCGGACUACGACAAGCUGCACAGGCGGAUAAAAUGGUUAAACAACAACGUCUUCGCCUACAAUCCUCUCGAUGCAGAAACAACUGAGGCGCUGGCAUCUCUAUCGCUGCAGAGAGCGCUGGAGAUGUUAAAGGAGCUCGAGGGCAAAG